GUGCAGGCCCCACGUGCCGCCACGUCGGCACCGAAAGCCUCUCGCCUCUCCCGUGAUCCCAGGCCAUCUAUAUAGCCGGAGGUUGGCUACGUGCCCGGCUCAGGACAGCACUCACCCAGUCGCCGCCGGAUGAGCUGAGCGCCGGGGUCGAGGUGCCAUGUCGUCGCCGCUGCGCAACGGAGAGCAGGCGGCGGCGGGGCGGAGGAAGGCGGCGGGACGGAUGGGGACGCUCCUGCUGCUGCUCCGGGUGUUUGCGCUGUGCUUCAGCCUGGCGGCGGCGGUGUUCGCGGCGAUGGACGGCGCCGUGCUGCGGCUGGCGCCGUUCCGGUUCCUGCUCGCGGCGAACGCGAUCGUGGCCGUGUACUCGGCGUUCGAGGUCGCCGCGGCGGCGUGGGAGGUGUGCAAGGGCGCCACGCUGCUCCCGGAGGCCAUGCAGCUCUGGUUCGACUUCGGCCACGACCAGGGUUUCGGCUACAUGGCGCUGGCGGCGGCGGCGACGGCGGCGCGGGAAGCGGCGGUGUGCGGCGGAGGGAACAUCAGCAGCGCGGCGUGCCUGCAGGCCGACGUCGCCGUGGGGCUCGGGUUCGCGGCGUUCGUGUUCCUGGCGCUGGCCGCGCUCGCAACGGGGUUCCGGCUCGUCCGCUUCAUGGCCACCGGAUCCCGGCUCCCGGGCUCCUCCUCCGCGCCGUCGUCCACCUCCCCGUACUGACCGGCGCGCGUGGCCAUGGAACAUGAGAGUACCGAGUACGUAUACGUAGCAGCUAGUUAUUAUUGCUUGUACCGAUGAAUUGAUCGAGCAUCUAGCGUGGCAGCAGAGCGGCACUGGCACUUUGAUUUCUUGGUGGUUUUGAUCUGUGGGGGUGAUUAUUAGAGUUUGGGCUGCUACGCCGGCUUAAUUAGCGAGUUAAUUGAUCCUGCGUACCUGUUGUAAUUGAGACAGUCAGAUACUCAGAUAGUCAGAUGGAUGUAUGCCUCCGUUUCAUUAUUCUUGUCAUGGUUUUAGUUUUAAAUUUAA